GAAGUCGUCCUUGAGUUGCAGCUGGCAGCAGAGGGACGAUUCGAGUGACGUCUCAUUUAUCAUAGAGUAUCAGCUCACUUGAAUCGGAAAUAAGGCCCAGAGGUGUUAUUUUCUCGGUAGAGGCCAGAUACAGGGGGAAAAAGUACCAAAUAAAUGAGUUCUUCCACCGACCCGCGGAACGUUGCUGUGGGACCCGGGAACCGAGGGGUAACGGUGAAGGGAGUCACCCAGAGAGUCCACUCACCUCACCAAAGCCGAAAUGAUCCACUGGAGGAGGACAUCCACGCCUUUCUUAUUGACGAGGACCAGCUGCACACCUUUGAUGACCUCACCAAAGUGAACCCUGUGACUCCAGCGACAGUGCUGAAAUGCCUGCAGGCCAGGUACAGUUUGAAGGUGUUUUACACCCACGCCGGCUGCACCUUGGUGGCUCUCAACCCUUUCCAGCCCAUUCCAGAUCUUUACUCUGUGGAUGUGAUGAAGGAGUAUCACUACGCUACUCAGCCUCAGGAGUUCAAACCUCACAUUUUUAUUGUGGCGGAGGAGGCUUACAGGAACGUUCAGGGUCAGCUGGAGCCAGUGAACCAGUCGCUGGUUGUUAGCGGUGAGAGCGGCGCCGGGAAGACAUGGACGUCUCGCUGCUUGAUGAAAUACUACGCCACUGUGGCAGCCUCUGCCCAGACCGUCAGCAGUCAGGAUGCGGUGGAGAGGAUUGAGAGGAGAGUGUUGGACUCCAGUCCUCUGAUGGAAGCUUUUGGCAACGCUUGCACGCUGCGCAACAACAACAGCAGCCGCUUUGGAAAGUACAUCCAGCUGCAGAUGAACAGGGCUCAGCAGCUGGUCGGCGCUUCAGUUCAAACGUACUUGUUGGAGAAGACCAGGGUGGCCUGUCAGCCAGCCAACGAGAGGAACUUCCACAUCUUCUACCAGAUGAUGAAAGGAGCCACAGAUGAGCAGAGAACAGACUGGAAGAUGCCACAGAAUCAGCGCUUUGUGUGGCUGCCGAAUUGUGAAAAACAAAUUGAGGAGGAUGGUUUUCUUGAAACCACUGAAGCGAUGGUUCACCUCGGAAUUGAUGCAGAAAGGCAAAGACAGAUAUUUAGGAUUUUAGCGGGGAUUCUGCAAUUGGGGAAUGUGAGUUUCUGCUCUUCAACAAAUGAAUCCCAACCCUGUGACCUUGACCAAGACUCUGAAGACUUCUUGCAGAGAGCCGGCGAGCUGCUGGGCGUCCCAGCGGAGGAGCUCUGCAGGUGUCUGAGAGUGAGGACGCUGAAGGCGGGGAAGCAAAACAUUCUGAAGCCCUGUUCCCAAGCAGAGUGCGGAGUGAGGCGGGACUGCCUGGCCAAGGUCAUCUACGGCCAAUUAUUUGAGUGGUUAGUGACGUUCAUCAACAGCUGCAUAUGCGCCGACCAGUCCAAAUGGUGCAACUUCAUAGGCGUGCUGGACGUGUACGGCUUCGAGUGUUUUCAGAUCAACAACUUGGAGCAGCUGUGCAUCAACUACGCCAAUGAGAAACUGCAGCAGCACUUUGUGGCCCAUUACCUGCGAGCUCAGCAGGAAGAGUACGUGUCCGAAGGCUUGGAGUGGUCCUUCGUUAAAUACCAAGACAACCAGGGUUGUCUCGACCUUUUAGAGGGAAGCCCUAUCAGUGUGUUUUCUCUUCUUAAUGAGGAGAGUCGUCUGAACCGAGCCUCGGACUCCACAGCGCUGAGGGGUCGCCUGGAGAAGGAGCUGGGCGGCAACGACAACAUCUGCUGGGACAAGUUCAGCAAAGCGCCACACUUCACUGUGACCCAUUACGCGGGAAAAGUUAGCUACCAGUUAGAAGGCAUGGUGGAGAAAAACAAGGAUCCGGUGCCACCGGAGCUCAUUGGCCUGCUUCAGAAAUCUGACAAUCUCCUUCUUCAUGAGAUCUUCUCUGACCAGGAAACUGAGAUUCCUAAUGGCAAGGGACUCAGCAGAGUCACAGUGAUCUCCAAGUUUAAGAACUCACUGGAGAACCUGAUGAAGCUCCUCCUCACCACAACUCCUCACUACACCCGCUGCAUCAAACCCAACUCCGAUUGCAAGCCGCUCACCUUCCAGAACAGAGAGGUUAUCUUGCAGCUGGAGGCCUGUGGGAUCGUGGAGACCAUUCACAUCAGCGCUGCAGGCUUCCCAAUAAGAAUUCCUUUGAAAAGCUUUGUCCAGCGUUAUGGACCGAUCGGGAAAUGUUCACCAUCAAGACGUCUGGAUGCUGAUCCCGACGCCGAAGGCACCGAAGUUCUUCAGCAGGAGGUGGAGAAGCUCCUCCGGGUGGCGCUGCAGCAUAAUGUGUCGCAUGAGGAACGCAGGUCGUUGGUGCACUGCGGGAAGACUAAGGUCUUCCUCACCCAGCCAAUGCUCGACCUGCUGGAGGAUCACAGAGGGAAGAUCCUGUCGCGCUGUGCCUUCACCAUUCAGUGCUGCUGGCUGCGACACCAGCGGCGCCGGCGCCUCGCCCGCCGGCAGUCUGCCACGUUAAUCCAAGCAGCUGUGAGGUCCUGGCUGGUCAGGAAGCAGAUCCGGAGGUGGAACGGAGCGGCCUCAGUGAUCCAAACCACCUGGAAGAAACGGAAGGCGUUGUUGAAGUCCUUGGCUGAAGCAGAGCUCGACAACGCUGAGGAGCUGGCGGCGGACGACGGCCCGGCGCUGAGCGCCGUCAUCAGGGAGCGGGGCUCCGUGCAGCUCUCGAGCUUCCAGGAGCCCGUCCCGGUGCGCGGCUGGCCCAUGGGCCUGGCUCUGGCCUCGGCGCCCUCCAUCACCGUUUCCCUGACGGCCACGGGCUUCCAGAAGAUGAUCUCCGUGAUGACCUCCCUCAACCUGCCGUCCAGGAGAGGAGAGUACAAGGUGGAGACCAACCAGUACAAGCAGGGGCUCGCCUCCAUUCGGGCCCGGCCCAGGGGUUCUGUGAAACUGCACUAUCAGCGCUCGCCCCUUCUGUAUGCCGACAUGCAGCCGGACCUGAAGAGCGACGUGACGGGGUUCAACGAGAUCCUGCUGGAGAAGACUUUAUAGUAACUUCAUUGGAAAUGGUUCAGUUAGCUUCACAAAGAAAAAAAUAACUCUUUUAAGCUCCUCUGCAUCUAUUGUUGAAAACUAAAUCAAAUAGUUUUUUGUUUUUUUUGCCAAAAUACUUGUCAAAGUUUGCAUGUACAGUUAUGUGGUCCAGAUGGGUAACGCAGCAUCAAAUCAAAAAAAUCUUCUAUACAUUUGAGUUAGUUUUUUUUAGCAAUAUUUAUGUGAUUGAUAUCUAAAAUAUUUUAAUUAUGGUCAUUUUAAUUGUAGCAUUUCUCAACAAAACCACAAAAACCAAUCUGGUUGCAGUUCCUAAGAUGUACUGAAGAUGGCACAAUUUUAGCACCUUAUAGAGUCAAAGCCGCUGCCUACAUGAGAUUAUGUCUGAGUCCAUAAGGCCUUAUAGAGUGCCUUUUGGAAUAACUACAUUUGAUUCAUGUACGAACAAUAAGCAGUCAUUUUUUCCAUUUGUGUUUCAAAUUCAAGCACAUUAACAAAUAAUUUACAAGGAGACACUUGAAAUUGACUUGGACAAAGGACUUUUUUUAAUAUUUGUAUGCGUGCGAGAGCUUGAUUCGUCUGACAGUGUAGCUGUUAGGCAUUAUGAAAUUCAGUUUUAAUAAAAGAAGUGCAAUAUUUUUAUAUGCUUAACCUCCAGCAUAUUUUCCUUUACGUAACAUUGACUGACAGCUUUGACUCAGAAAACAGGGAAUUAGAUUUUUACCAUGUAGUUUAGUGCAGUUUGUCACAUCAACGCCACAAACUUGAGUUUUAAAGUAAUAGACCAACACAGUGAUAUUCUGAAAGCUACACAUUUGUAUUCAUUCUGAAGCAGUACUGUGUCAACUACUUUUUUCAUGUCUUUACCUGACCUUUUACCUUUUACAUCAACCAAAUUUCAUAUUAUGCAGCAUAUAGUGCUGGUCUAGAAAAUCUCUAUAAAAAACAAAAAAAGUUUUUCUUCUGAUUUACUGCAUGCAUGAAACCAAUUAACUUGAUUUACCAUUUGUGGUAAUGUUGCUGCUCUUAAAAACAAAGUAUUUCGAAUGGCCUGACCUGCCUGUAAAUGUAAAACAAAAUACCAAAGAGGGUUUUUUGUUUUUUAUGGAUUUCUGUCUGGAAAAGUGGCUGGUCUGUACUAAACUUUCCAGUUUUUAGCCAUUAUAAAGUUCUCAUGAACAGCUUUGACUCAGAAUGUGAAACACUUUGCUUUUCAUUUCUUUCAAAUGCAGAUUCAUAAAAAUGUCACAUAAUUUAUCAGCAGUUUUUGUCAGGUACAAAGGGAUCCAUGUAUGCAAACUUGAAUCACAGUUAUAGAAACUUUGCUUUAAUGUCGAUUUGUAAAAAAUAUUUUAUAUAACUGUUAAAUGUCAAUAAAUUACUUGUGCAUAUGUGUUUGAUCAA